AUGGUGUUCAUGCGAUUGUCCUUAUUUGACAAGCGGUGGGUUAUUGCUACGCAAGCAGCUUGUGAACACGAGGCAACAGGGCCUGGAGUAGCCAGAACAAUUAAGGUCUUUUGCUUGUCAUGCCAGUUGCAUGUUACCUGUCUCAACAGUGCACCUGUGCUUGUGGAAUACAUUAAAUUGGUUGCCAAAAGGACAUAUUUUUCAGGGCUUCAAAGCAAAUCGCGAUUCCUUGGAGUUUAUGGAAUCGCCCACGCCAACAGGCUAUUUGUUAUUUGUUCUGCAAUGGCAGUCAAAUCCUGUAUUGCUGUGUGCGCUAAUGUCUCCACUUUUUCAAAAGUGCUGUGCGAAACACGGUGA